GAUAUACCAGUUAGAAGUACUCAAGAAGUUACACGUUUUUUAAGAAAUAAAUCAGAAACAUUAGAAGAUAAAUUAAAAACAGCAAAUGAUCUUUUAAAUGGGAAUAUAAAUAUAUAUUUUCCUCAAAAAGAGAAUUUUCUUUUAAAUUGGGUUUUAGAUAAACUUAAAGAAAUUAUACCAAAUAAUGAGAAUUCUCUUAAAGUUAUUUCAGAAUUAUGGGAAUUCUUAAAGGUUAUUUUAAAAUCGAAAGAUCUCUUACCAGAAUCUAAAUAUUUUAAUUUUCAAAAACAUUCAUUUACUACUCUUCUUUCUAUAUCAAUGUCAUUUGCUACUAAAGUUAAAGAAAAUGAAUUAUUAUUAUUAAUUUCAUCAAUCGCAAAAACAAUAGAAUAUAUAUUAUCAGAGGAAACACUUUCUUUAUUUAUUAAAGGAUCAUUUGAUACUACUACUACUAUUUUAGCUGAUUUUUUUUGUUGUAUUAAAGAUUUAAAUCUUUAUGAUGAUACUAUAUCUAUUUUAGGAUCUCAAAUUUUUGGAAUAUGGGAAAAUUCUAUUUAUGGACUUGAAAAUUUUAAAAAGGUAUCUAAAACAAUUUCUUCUAAGGUUUUACCUCAUGCUUGCUACCUUAUUGGAAAAAAAGAUACACCAUUAUGGCUCGAUAAUUUGUUUUCUACUCUUCUUUAUAAAACUUUAUUUUCUCCAGAGUUGUUGAUUGAUUAUAUAAAUUAUCAAAUACAAAAUUCUAAAUUUCAAAAUAUAACUCCAAAAGAAUCUAGUUUAGAACUGUUUUUUAACUCUUUACUGAAUAAUUUACCGAAAACAUCUCAUUCUAAUAUUUUAUCAUCUCUUCCAAAAUUUCUAGAAAUUGCUCAGAAUUCUAUUGGUUAUAAUUCAAUAUAUUCAAAAGUAAAAGUCAAUAUGAACCCAUCAAAAAUAAUGCAACUUAAUGAUAUGUUUUUAUCAGAAAUAUUAAAAUUGGUAUUUAAAUUAUCUUUAGAACAAAAGGCUUUUAAAUAUUCAAUUAUUUUAAAUAUUUUUGAAGUAUCAAAAGAUAACAGCAUUUCUCAUAAAGUUUCUAAUAUUAUAUUGGAACAACAAAUUUCUGAAAUACUUAAAGAAUCAUUUUUAUUAAUUAAAGAAGAUAAUACAAAGAUAAUUGGUUGGAAAUUAUUAUAUACUCUUUUAAAGUUUAAUUUUGAGCUAAUAUUACCAUAUAAUGAACAAUUAUGGUUAAAUUUAACCCAGGUUGAUAUGGCAUCUGAGCAUUCAAAAAUAUGUUAUGAACUAAUAAAAUUAUUUGUAAAUAGCUAUAAAACACAAAGGAAUUUGCAUGAAUUUAUAAACAAUUGGAUGAAGUUUUUAAAUUUUUCUCUUAUCAAUAACUGUAUAUUACUCAGUGAUGAAAUUUUAAUUAUAGUAAUGGGAUCUGCUAAUACUCUUCCAUUAAAUAAAAUAAAAACAAUAAUUAAUUAUAUUUUGGAAGAAAAUAAUUUUGAAGUGUUAAAAAAAUCAAUAAAUUCAAAUGAAUUAUCCUUGAAAAAUUCUUCAGAUAUUUUAAAAAAUCAAAUAAAAAAUCCUUUUUUUAUUUUUUAUCCAUUACUUUCUAUAUUACAUGGAUUAACAGAUACUCAAAUAAUUUCGGAUAUCUGGGAAGAUAUGGUUAAAUUAUAUAAAUAUAUUAUAAUUGAAGUUUUUUCAAACAUUUCUACUCUUUUGAACGAUCAUGGAGUACAUCUAAUAUUUAGAAUCCAUUACAAGGCAAUGUUGUUAUCUCACGAAUAUAUAACUUCUACAGAUCCAUAUAAAAAUUUGGAAUAUAUUAGAUCUAUAACUAACUUUAAAAGGAUCUCACCUAAGAUAUUUUUUUACAUGAUUCAAUGCCAAUUAGUUUAUUUGCAACACUUUGAUCAAGGUUAUUUAGAAGAUUUUAGAACAGAAAAUUGUUUACUUUUGAUGGAUUCAAUUUUAGAUCAUAUAAUAUUUUUUCUUAGAUCUACAUCUAUCAAUUCUCUUUGGGAAGCCGGAAAAAUGCAGUUGAUAAAUAGAGAUAACAUAAGUAUAGCGUAUAUUUAUGUAAUUAAUAACAAUUGGUUGUAUUUGAUAAAUAAAUUUUCUUCUUUUGAUAAAAUUAAAGAAUUUAUGGAUAUUUUUAUUAAAUUUGGUGUUGAAAGUUCUCUAGAAGUUGACAUAAGUCAGUUAUUAUCUUUUUCAAAUUUAUGGUAUAUCUUUUUAUCCAAUGCAGAAAUAUAUGAAUUAGAUUUACUUAGAGAUGCAUGCCUAUCAGCAUUUACAGACUAUAUUUUUUUUUAUGAAUUUGAUCAAAUAUUAUUUCAAGAUAGUAUAAAGUCUUAUUCUAAUAAGAAAUAUAGAAAUCUCAUUGAGGACAAUAAAAAUGACUUUGAUAUUCUAAAAUUUAGGAAAAUAAUGAGAUAUUUACAAAUAAUUCCUAUAAAUUGCAUAAAAGAUUCAGUAAAAGAAAAAUUAUUAGAUUUUUUGUUUUAUAUGGAUUUUCAAUUUAUUAAAAGAUAUCCCAUGAAUAUGGUACUAGAUGAUGGUCGCAAAUUAUUGUAUAGGAUAAUGUUAACAAUAAACACAAUAAAUUCUAUGAUAUAUAACAUCUUUUCUUUAGUAUAUUUUUCUGUUAGCUUGGAUAAUAUUAAAAUAAAGGAAGAAUCUUUGAUUUCCAUUUCUAAUUCAAUAUCUGAGGAAAUAAUUAGGAGAAGAAUAUUUUCUGAUGAAUCUCUUAUUGAUAAAUUAAUUAAAAUUAUUAAAAAAUAUGAAAUAAAUUUAUUAGAUUGUUAUCAUGCAUUUUUAUAUCAACAGACUGAAAAUACAUUUUAUAUACCUGGAAUCAUUCAAUUAAUCUUAAUUUUUUUUUUUGAAAUUCAAAAUAAUGAUAAAAUUUACAAAAAUGAAUUUUUAAAAGAGGACAUCACUAAAUUAAUGCAUUAUUGUUUUGAAAUUAUUGAAAAAUGUUUGAAAAAAUUAUUAGAAAUAUGUCAAAAAGAUACAUCUAAUUUACAAAAAGCAUUGGAUUCAAUUUUUCUUUUUCAACUUUUUUUUAAACUUUCUUUCUUUUUUUUUGAAUAUGAUAAAGAUCUUUUAAAGCAACUUAUAUUUCUUAUCUCUACAUGCUGUUUUUACUAUGAAAAUAUAAAUAUUGAUUUAUACAAAAAAUCUCAAGAUUUACUUUUAUCUUUAUUAAAAAUUCAUUGUAAUAAAGUUAAAAGUUAUGAUGAUAUAUCAGAAAUAUUUAUAGUUUUGAUAACUUUUUUCAAAAAUAUACAAUUAUCUUUGAUGGAUACACCUAAAAUAUCUACUUAUUACAAUUUUGAAUCAUUAUCUAUUUAUUGUUUUAUUCAACAAAAAUCACAAGGUUUAAAAUUCCAGGAUUUUGAAAGAAUAUGUAAAGUAUUAUGUCUUAGUUCAUGGGAGGUAGAAAAUAUUAAUAUGGCAGCGAAUAUUUUUUGUGCAAUUCUAUCAAGUAGGAUAGAAGAGGAGGAAGAAUUAAAAAAAAAAUAUUUGGAAUUAUUUCAAACUCAUGUUUCCUGCUUAAUUUCAAUUGCAAGAAGGACUAAAGAUCUUGAAAUAUUAUAUAAUUUUAUAAAUUUGUUUAAUAUUCUUUUAUAUAAAAAAUCACUGUAUUUUUCACUACAAAAUUUGGAUCAGCUUUUUGUUUUAAUAACUAUGAUAUUAUCUUCUUCUAGUCCAAUUCUUAAUUUAUCUCCUGAUAUUACUAUUGAUGACAUUUGUAGGAGACUUUGCAAAAUGAUUUCUUUAAUAUUAAAGAAAAAUUAUAAAAAACUGUAUGGACGAUAUCACCUGCUUACUAAUUGUUUCCAAUCAUUAUUAUAUUUGUUUGCAUAUGAUGAUACUAAUACUAAAAUGACUAAAAAUAGCUUUUUUCAUAGAAUUCCUAAUUGGGCUUUAGUAUCUUCAUGCUCUGUCUCUACUGCUAAAAUUUAUUCAGAUACUUUAUUAUGUUGGAUCCAAACUUCUCAUCCAAAUAAAAGUUCUAAAAAAUUAAAAUUAGAUUCAUUCAAAACAUAUGAAAAAACUAUUGCAAAAUAUCUUUUAUGGAUUAUAGUUGAAUAUAUCAAAUUAUUGUUGAAUUAUUCUAUAAAUAACGAAAUAAAGGACAUUCUUACAUCUUCAAUAAUGGAAAUUUUUAAACUACUCUCUAUACAUGAACUCAAAAUGAUAAAUAAUAUAUUAGAUAGUCAAGGUAAAAUUAUUUUUAAAAAAUUAUAUAACAAUUAUACACAAUAUGAUAAAUGGGAUGAAACAUAG